UGGCUUCACAGUUGUUUGUGCAUAUAGACUAAAUUUGGGUUUACUAAAUAUUCUGUAAAUUGAUUGAUGUGCUAACUUAUUAUAGUAUAUAAGUAAAUACUUUUGUAAAUACAAUGAAAUCUGAAAAUACAAUAGCCAAAGAUGAGCGAACUCCCUGUAAGGGAGAAGAAGAAAAGUAAGAAGACAGACAAAAAGGAAAAGGUAAGAAACCCCUACAUCCCAGUGGACCUAGAGUCAGAAUACACAGCUGAAGGAAAUUCCUUAGAUAAGGACGAAGGCGAGAUGUCUGAAGAAGGUGGACGAAGUUCUUACUGGAGAAAGAAGAAAGGUUGGAGUGAAUUGGACAUGUUGAAUGAAAAGGAAGAGGAGAACGAGUUAGUUAUUGUGCCUAAGGAACAAUGGGGUGGCGUAGCUGCUAGGUGGACGAGGAAGAUGGGGCCUCCUUAUCAAGUGUUCCACGUCACUGAUACUGGGACUGAGCAGUGCUUCGAGAGAGAAACUUGUUUGAAAACUCUGCAGAAAUUACAAGACUUCCACAUGACUGAGAUGAAUCUGCCCGACAUUGCUUGGAAUUUCAUGUUUUCCAGCGACGGGACCAUCUAUGAAGGAAGGGGCUGGGACAAUGAGGGAUAUAAACCUAUCUCUGUGAAGAAGGAAUUUGGAAAACAAACAGUUGUUGAGUUCGGAUACAUCGGGGACUUCCAAAAUGCGCCUAUUAAUCACCAAAUUUCCAUCGCCAGUCAUCUGUUCAUCAAAAGAGCGGUACAAGCGGGAAAGGUUCCGCCUAUGCACAUUGUGACCACCAUAAAAAGAGAAAAAGAAGUAUGGUAGAGUGAAGUAUACGGACGUUGAAGUCAUAUACGGUUAAUUAA